AUGUUCCGCCGUGCUUUGGGAGCGUCUGCGGGGCGCAGCCUUUCUAGCAUCUCUGCGGCGGUGUCUCGCCGCAGCUACACGGAGCUGUCGCACAUGAAGUUCCCGGUGCAUUACGGCGCUGUCGGUGCCGUGCUCGGGUAUUUUGUAGUGAUGUGGAUUGUCUUCGUGCGCAUGGGCAGCAAGCACACCGCCCGCUCUGAGUUCAAGAAUGACUAUCUGCGUGUGUGGCGCCGCAAGCUCGGCACCGGCUACCAGUGGGCCGAUGCUUGGGGUCCGCAGAUGGACACCUUCUUCAAGGACCUUCCGGAGGAGGUCGAGUAA